CUUAGCUUUUUCUUUGUUUUUGUUUGGGCCUUUUAGGUCCCGCUUGUAACCAAAAAAAAAUACAAAUCAAGUAGCACAUUCUAAUAGAUUUCUAUCAGAAUCCUAUAUUUUGAUAAUAUUUCCGAGACAUAGGCUAAAGAGAGAAGGCGAGAGUAAAAAGAAAGACUGAGAAGAGAACAGGGAAAGAAGAGAAAGAAGAAGAAGAAGAAGAAGAAGAAGGUGACGGGAAGCUGAUGUGGAUUUUGUCUCAAUUUUUCUGAUUGAAAUUCUUUCUGGGAUUUCUUAUGUGUAGUUACUUCAGGGUCCUGUAUUUGUCUUCAUCUGACCGAUGGAAGAAUCGUCUUCAGCUGACCAAGCCUGUUACUUAGCCUCCAUUGGUAUGGGGAGUUUGCGGAUUUGCUGCCUGUGGUGAUGGUGUGACAGAGUAAAAUCAAGAUCCUUCAAUAUAUCUGACAGCUGUUUAGGCCAAUGUAUUUCUUGAAAAUACUUAUGCUUCUCAACCUCUGAAGACAUCACCUUAAUCUCAUCUAUUCACCUGAUUUUCUAUCCUGUUGAAAAAAUGGGUAUGGCAAUAUCUAGGAUGGUGAAGAUGCUGUUUGCAAGGAAAGAAAUGAGAACACUAAUGGUGGGUCUUGAUGCUGCUGGUAAAACCGCCAUCCUCUACAAGCUUAAACUUGCACAAUUGACAAUUACAGAGUCUGUUGGCGAUUGGUUCUUUAAUCGAUAUGUAUCGAAGCAUAUUGAUUGUUAAUUUCCCUGCAAUCGAAGCUGCUAUCAUCACAUGCUGCAUAAGGUUGAUCGAACUUGAGGUCAGUUCCAACAUUUGAAGGGACCCUGGUGGAAGUAUUCCCUUCCUGUCCAAGACCAUGAGUUGUUAAGAAUGAAGAUCAAUUAGAGUUCUGGCGAAAAUUGAGAGCUUUGAAGCCAUUCAGAAGCGGGAAGAAAUCAUUGAAGCUUCCUAUGGAGUCAUGAUUGCUCGGGUUGAUCUUGGAGUUGAAAUCCCACUCGAACAAGAUUUCAAUAGUCCAAGAGGAAAUAACUCAAGUGUAGGCAGCUAAACAAUGUUUUGUAGCUUCUCAACUACUUGAAUCAAUGAUUGAAUACCCAACCCCAACACACUUUGAGGUGUAUUAAGUGGGACAAGACAGUUGGGUAUGUGCUGUAAGCCAUAUUAUCAAAAUCUCAAAAGAGAGCCAUACAUUCUAUGAGAGGAAAGCUUUGCCAGCCAACUGUAUUCCAUCUUUCUCUUUACUAAUUGAUUGAAGCACUACACAGCUGUUUGUUCCGAGUUCGUGAGCAGGAAGAUGGCAGAUAAAUUUCUGCUUACUUUUGGUGCUGAGGGUGUGCUGAAGAAGGUGUCCUCACUUGUCAAUGAGCAAAUCAUUCUUGCAUGGGGGUUCAAAGAAGAUCUGAAGAAGCUAGGCGAGUCGUUAUCACUAAUCCAGAACAUGUUAAAUGAUGCGGCAGAGAAACCACAAGCUCUGGAGGCAGUAGAAGGAUGGGUGAAGAAACUCAAAGGAAUAGCUGAUGAUGCAGACAAUGUGCUGGAUGAAUGCAACUAUGAAGUUCUCCGACGUAAGGUUGAACUGCAAAACCACAUGAAGACGAAGGUACUCAACUUUCUUUCUGCAUCCAAUCCCAUUAUAUUUCGCCUUAAAAUGGCAAAUAGGAUAAAGCAUAUCAAUGCAUCACUUUUGGAUCUCAAGAGUGCUGCAUCUCUCAUUGGAUUAAUUGAAAGAAGAAUAGAUGCAACUCCCCAAGGUGUACGGCCGGAUCGAGAUCCAACCGACUCAAUGUUUGAGAGGGACGAAAAGGUCAUUGGAAGGGAGGGUGUUGUGUCAAAAAUUGUUGAGAGCUUGACCAACUCCAACAAUCAGCAGAAUCUUUCAGUUAGGGCCAUUGUUGGAAUGCCAGGAUUGGGAAAGACAACUUUGGUUAAAACAGUAUACAAUAAUACUGCUAUUGCUACACACUUCCAUAAGAAAAUAUGGGUUUGUGUCUCUAAUACUUUUGAAGUCGAUUUCACCUUAAGCCAGAUCUUAGACUCUUUAAGACCAGGAAAGGCUGGAAUUAAAAAUCGGGAUGCAUUGCUUAAAUCUCUCCAAGAAGAGCUAACAGAGAAGAGAUAUAUUCUUAUCCUAGAUGAUGUUUGGAAUGAGGAUGGUAUAAAAUGGGAAAGUUUGAUGAGUUGUUUGUCAAAGCUUAAUUCUGCUCCGGGAAGCAACAUCAUCAUCACUACCCGCAGUGCCAAGGUGGCAUCAAUUUCGGAAACACUUACUCAGUGUGAGUUGGACAAACUAUCAAAUGAUGAAUGUUGGUCCAUCUUGAAGCAAAGAGCAUUGUUUUCAGAUGGCAAUGAUCCAAACCGAGAGAGAAUUGGAAAGGAAAUUGCUAAGAAGUGUGGAGGCGUCCCGUUGGUGGCGAAGGUUUUAGGAGGCAUGAUGCGUACUAAAAAUAGUACAAAAGAAUGGUUGUCAAUUCAAGCAAGUCGAAUAUGGGAAUUACCCGAAGGAGAUGAAAGAAUCAUGUCUGUUUUAAAGUUGAGUUUUCAGAAUUUGAAAUCAUCACUUUUGAAACAAUGCUUUGCAUAUUGCUCAAUGUUCCCAGAAGAUUUCACAAUUGAAAGAGAAAAGUUGAUCCAACUAUGGAUGGCUCAGGGAUUUCUCCAUCCUUCUCCUGGCCAGCAUAUGCAACAAAUGGAGGAUAUAGGUGAUGAGUAUUUCAAUAUUUUAUGUCAAAACUCCUUAUUCCAAGAUGUUACCAAGGAUGACAAUGGCAUUAUAGAGGACUGUAAAAUGCACGAUCUUGUGCAUGAUCUUGCAAAAGAAGUAUCCAAAUGUGAGAGUUUGAUACGGAAUUUAAAUAACGUGAUGGAGGAUCACGAUACAUCUGAGAUUCGACAUGUUUCACAAGUUCCUACUUCAACACGAGAAAGAAUGUCAGAGUCAAGUAUGGCAAGAUUGCGCUCUCUAUUUAUGAGUGAUCAAGUCCCCAGUACCAUUUUUCUAAAGUUGAGAGCUUUACGUGUCUUAGAUUUAGAAGAGGCAGGUAUAGAGGAGUUGCCGAAUUCAAUUGGCAAGUUGAAGCAUUUGAGGUAUCUAGACAUUUCCUACACAAGAAUCGAGGCACUCCCAAAAUCUAUUGGCAAGCUCUAUAACCUUCAAACACUGAGAAUGCAUCGUGCUAGAUAUCUCAAAAAGUUGCCACAGGAAAUGAAAAACUUGAUCAACUUGAGACAUGUUUAUUUUGAUAAGCAAAUUGAGAUUCCAGCUGGGAUAUUGGGGCAAUUGUCCAAUCUUAGAACAUUACCUUACUUCAGAGUGGACAAGGAGUUGGGACCUGGAAUUGGAGAAUUAGGUGGCCUGAAGCAAUUGAGAGGCCAACUAAUUAUUAAGAAUCUAGAACAUGUGAAGAGUGAAGAAGAAGCGAAGAAGGCAAAAUUGGAGGAGAAGAGAGAUGUAUGCGAGCUAACAUUUAAAUGGACAAGAGACGGCAACAAUGAGCAAGGAUCGGAUAGUAGCGGCAUUAAUGAUGAACAUGAACAUGUACUAGAAGGCCUCCGGCCAGAUACUAAUUUGCAAAGGCUGCAGAUUAAAGGAUUCAGGGGUGCCAGAUUUCCGUCAUGGGUGAUGUGUCUCAACAACUUGAAGAAGAUUAAAUUAUACGACUGCCCCAAUUGUGAAGGAGUUCCAGCACUGGGUCAACUUCCUAAUCUUAGACAUGUCGAGAUUUGCAGGAUGGAUAACCUAAAACGUGUGGGAGCUGAUGGUCUAGACUCGUUCCCUCUUGUUGAGCAUAUGAGUAUAAUUAAUUGUCCCAGCCUGGAGUCAAUUCGGAUCACACAGGGCAUUGCUUCUCUCCGUGAAUUGAUCAUAAGCGGUUGUAUUGGAUUGUCAAGCCUACUGAUUGGGCCCGAUUGCUGCACCUCUAUUCAAAAAUUGGUUAUUCGGGGCUGUCCUAAUCUAACAUCACUUCCAACUACACAGGGGGACAUUGCAUCUCUAGAGUUGGAGAUUGGAGAGUGUGAUCGAUUAUCAAGCCUACCUAGUGGGCUCCUCCUACGCUGCACCUCUUUGAAGCUUAUAGAUUGUCCUAAUAUAACAUCAAUAUUUCCCAUCACACAGGAAAUGCCAUCAUCUCUCCGUCAAUUGUCGAUUACAAAUUGUACGGGAUUAUCAAGUCUACCACUAAGCGGGCUCCUCUCUCUUGAGGAUUUGUUUAUACAUGGCUGCUCUAGUCUAGCACCAUCCAUUUCAGUCUCAUCAGGCGUCCUCCGCAGUUUGACUGUUCUUAAUUGUGAGGAAUUGACAUCCAUUUCAAUGCCGUCGUCAAGUCUUCUACUUGAGGAGUUGUGUAUAGGGAAUUGCAAUAAUCUACAAUCUAUUGUUCCAGUAGAUUUACAGGGCUUCCCAUGUCUCCGUGAGUUGAUAAUACGGCAUUGUGGGAAAUUAAAAUAUCUGCCGACAGGGUUUCACUGCCUCACCCGAUUGAAGAAACUGGUUAUUGGCAGUUUCUGGGAGGAGCUCCAUUCCUUCCCUGAGUUUCAGCUUCCACCACAUUCACAACUUGAAACGUUACACUUGAUAGGGUGGCCUAAGCUAAAGUCUCUGCCCCAGCAAAUUCAGCACUUGACUUGUCUAAACACUUUGUAUAUACGAGAAUUCAGCGGAGUGGAUGCUCUUCCUGAGUGGUUGGGAAAUCUCACAUCUCUUGAGAAUCUGUAUAUUUGGGAUUGUGAGAAUCUCAAGUAUCUACCUACACUCCAAGCUAUGCAACGCCUCACCAAAUUGAAGAGGCUCUCUAUUGAGCGAUGUCCUCUCCUCAAGGAAAAUUGCACCAAGGACACAGGCCCUGAAUGGCCCAAGAUUGCUCAUAUCCCAACUAUCUCAACGCUCGAUUGAAGCUAUGCAAGGCCCAACAGUUUGUCACAUAUCAAGAGAAUAAUAUAUGUAGGUCUGCAAUAAUUAAAGCUAUGAGAAUCCUCACUAAUCUAGCAGAACAGGAUAUUCGUCGGUCCAAGUUUCAGGGGAAACAUUGCCUUGAGGUGUGAGAAUAUUCCAUUUUUGCGGAUUACUUUCAUUCAAGUUAUGAAGUACAACAAUUCCUAAUGCACACUUUAUCGUACUCAAAAUGGAAGAACAACUGAUGAUGUGCGAUGGACACAGACCUGGUACAGGUCCAAAGAUGAAGGAAUUGGAGCACCCAGUUCAUGAUCUCUGGUGCCUACCACAGUUUUCAAAUCGGUUAAUUCGGCUCUUGGGAAAGUGUUGCAACUUUGGCCGGUUUGAGAACAAGCUUCCCUCUGCAGUUUGGAUAAGCGCCACUCUGUGAAACAAAAGUCUUGUAGCAUUUGUGGCCUUGUGGAACCUUCUGUCUUACCAUUCAUGCAAUCUCUUGGUCCUUGGCCUAUGAGAGCUCCAAUUGAUACUAUGGCCUUGGUUUGGAGCAACUCAAGUAUUGUUAGAAGCUUUGGAGGGAACAACAUUGCCUCCUUGUGUAAUCUGGUAUUUCACCAUUUGCCUUUGCUUUUAGGAAGUUUUUGCUCUGUACUAUGAAUUAUGUAGGGAUUAGUCUGAGUCGUCUGACAUCAAUCAGAACCAAGUGAAAACAUUCUAAAUAUGUAUGAUAAUACUGUAGAAGGCUGCUAGCAGCACAUUAGAUUUAAAGGAAUCAAUGAUCAAUAUGACUAGUGCACUGGUUCUGAUCUUGAGGCUCUAGUAGAAUAA